AUGGGGGAGAUCUCCCCCAGACCCUCCUCGCCUGACUCAUUCAAUGACUUCUUCCACCAUAAAUCAUGGCCAGAGCCAUGGACCUCUCCGGAUUUUCCCGCAGACGAACCCUGGCAAGAGCGAGACCGCCGCUUUCAGAGCUAUCCAUGGUGGAAUACCGACAGGCCGGCGAGGUUCUUCGCGGAGUAUUAUGAGUACAUGUGGCCAUGGGGCUAUUUCAUCUACCGGACUUGUUAUGAGAAUGUCUCCGAAGCCGAUUGGAAGGAGGCGAUGCGAAAGCUCGAUGCCUGUGUUCAUUGCUUCCUCCGAUCCCGUCGGACAUUCAGCCAUCCAGAACCCAUCUGGCUUAUUUGUGAGGGUUACAGGAAUGUAGUCAUCGAGGAUCGAGAGCUUCUUGAGGGUGCUUCUGUCCACCAGGUCCGGCGCCUAUUUGACGAUUGGAUGACUCGCCAUGACCAGGACGGCACUCCACGGUCGGAGUUUUGUCUGAUGAUUGACGAUAAGGCCCUCUGGUCCAUCCUCAAGACCCCGGAACCCUCCGAGGAUGAUAGCUUCUUGUUUGGAUUAGACGCCGGCUACGUGAUUCUUGUUGCUCGGAGGUUUCAGGAAGGCGGAAUAAGGGACUAUGAAAAUUAUCAAGGAUUUUUCCGUCUGGACAUCACCGGACUGUGGACUUUCAUGGAUGACUAUCGGAAUGAUGUCUUUUGGAGAAGAAUGCCCCAUAUACCGCGUCCCGGCCUGAUUCCAUGCACUGAUGGGGCCCAUACACAUGUAGAGGACGAGGAUGGGACGGUGGUGGCGGCGAGUGCGUUUUCGAGCAGGUCCAAAGUAAUCGGGAAGAAGCCUCGUGCGAUAUCUUAA